AUGGAGGCGGCCGUGGCCGCUCGGGUGGGUGCCGGGGGUCGCCGGGGACUGCUCGGGGGCUGCUCGGCAGCGCCCGGGCCGCAGCGCCCCGCCCGCCGCUUACGGCCCGUCUCGCUUCCCCCGCAGGCGGAGGCGCCGGUGCCGGAGGGCGCCGACCCCGUCGCCCCGGCGGAGGAGCGGCUGGGCCUGGCCUGGCGGCUGCUGCGGCGAGCCGAGACCCGGCUCGGAGACCUCGAGCGGCGGCGGGCCGAGGAGCUGCGAGAAGUGGAAAGCUACGUGCGCCAUGUCCGUAACCUGAUAGAGGAACGAGACAACGUCAUCACGGAGUAUGAAAACGAAAACGAGCACCUCCGAGAUGAGCUGAUGCAGCUGCAGUUGCAGCAGGAAGCCCAGCUGAAGGAGGUCAAGGAGAUGCUGGAACAGGAAGGCUUGUCCGAAAUAGCUCACAGUAAUGUCAGCGAACAGAUUGCUUAUUUACUGGUAGAAAGAACAACGCUGCUGGAGAAACUGGAGAUCACAGAUCAGAAGUUGAAUUCACACAGCUGCGUAGACAGGCUGUGUGCUGCACAGCUUCAGGAUGAGUUUGAUCACGUUCAUCAGACAUUGGAAGAUGAACUCCAACAGCAGUGCAAAUCCACGCAGCAUGCAGAAGAGACGAUAAAUGAGUCCUACAGGGAAGAGCUGGAGAGAGAACAGGCAUCACGUGUAAGAGUUGAACGAGAGCUGGCUGAGGCCACGCAGAAGCUGCUGGUGGCCCACAAAGGGAUCCGGAGGCUGACAGAUGAGCUGGAUACGCAAAGAAAGGAGCAGAGCAAAAUACAAACUGCCUUGUGGUCAGCCCUGCAAGUGCCUGAGAGUUGGGAAGAAGGGGUGCAUGAAUGGAGAAAGAGUGACAGGACUGCGCUGCAGAAGGCCAUGGAGCACAACAGCAGGCUGGACAAGGAAAUUCUGGCACUGCGAGCACGGGUCCAAACGCUCGACUUGGAAAGAAAAGCGUUCCUUGAUCUGGUCGAACAGCUCAAAGAAGAGAUCUGUGAGUAUCAAAAGGGUGAGAAGCAAGGAUUUCCAUUGUCCACACCAGUCGAGACUGAAGAAUUGAGCAUGUUGCAGCUGCAGGGCACAAAGGAUGAAGGGAGGGUUGAAGGGGACCACACUUCAGGCAAAGCUGGCUCAGAUCAAGAAGACAGAUAUCAGAGUAGUGAAACACUUCAUAAAAGGUGCCGAGAGGUGAUUGAAAACAUUGAGGGCAGGAAUUCGCAGCUCCUUCACAAGCUGCAAAAACUUGAGCAGGAGCGCGAGGAUUUGGUUGAGCGCAAUGAAGAGCUGGAAUCAAUUCUGGGAGAGACACAGAUCCAAACAAAGCAGGAAAAGGAACAGUUUGAGAGUGAAGUGGAGGGACUUCACCGGAAAAUCAUGAGUUUAGAGACAGAGUUACUUGAAGUGCAGAAGAACAAAACUGAGAUGAGUGGGGAAGAGCAGGCGUCGUCUGAUGGAGCACAGGAGAUGCAAGAGAUGCUGGAAAGCUGUCAGGAAACAAUAGAAAAGUUGGGAAGUCAGCUGGGAGAGCGGAGAGAAUGGAGAAAACAACUUGCAUCUGAACUUGAACUGUUGCGGGAAGAUCUGAAGGCUGAGAAGAAGGCCUCUGAACUUGUACAAGAAAGUGAGCAGAUUAGCAAAUUUGAGCAGCAACAUGAAGAUUUAUGUACAGAUGAAAAGACACAUGAAGAGCAGAUGGCUAAAGUAGUAUUUUUGGAAGAGCAGAUCCAAAACUUGACGGAUGAACAAGAACUUGUACGUUCUGAAUUACUAGAAAGCAACAAGAAGAGAGAGGAGCUAGAAAAGCAGCUAAAGGAGAACAAUGAAGAAAAACAGUUGUUACUGGAAGAAAUUGCCAAGCUAAAGCAAGAUAUCCUGACUACCAGGGAGCAGCGUGACAGCACAGUUGAAGAGACUUUGAGGAUGAAUCAAGGCAUGGCCAAUAGAGACAACAGGUUUCUUGUGUCACAGAGCUCUGCAGGCAGCUUAAAUGGGAGCAUUAAACAGAGUCUGUCUGAAGAGAGAUUCCAACAGCAGGAGGAAAAAGUGCAGCAGCUGCGGCAGGACUUGCGUCGAGUUCAGAAUUUGUGCAGCUCAGCUGAGAGGGAGCUGAGAUAUGAAAGGGAGAAAAACGUUGACUUACAAAAGCAAAAUCUCUUGCUCCAGCAGGAAUGCACCAAGGUCAAAGCUGAACUGAAGCAAGCUCGGGCAAAGCUCUCGGACACAACUGAAACAUGCUCCUCUCUCUCAGCACAGUUGGAAAAAAGUCAGCAGAAGGUCAAAGAACUUGAACAAGAGCUCUUGAAAUGCUCCCAUGCUGACAAAUUGCAGAGCAGCCUGCAAGAGAAACUUGCACAGGAGAAAUCCAAAGUGUACGAAGGACAAAAACAGAUCUCAAAGCUCCAUCAGAAGUUGAAGGAUUCACAACACCAGCUCCUGCUGGCAGAGACCCGUGUUUCAGACAAGAAACUCCUGGAGGAAGAACUGAAGGAGGCUCGAGAAAACGAAGCUCGAGUGCAGCAAGAACUCCGUGAGGAGCUGCUGAAAAGGAAGCUCCUGGAGCAGCAGGUGGAGGAGCUGCGGCAACAGCUCCGGCAUUCACAUGAGACAGAGGCAUCACUGGCCAAGAUGCACGUGGAGCUGCAGGCCAAGACUCUGCACGCCCUAGAAGAUGAGAGGAAAACUGAUUCAAGCGAGCAUCUCCAGUGUCACAAGGAAAACCAGAAGCUUUCAGAGCAACUUUCACUGCUGAAGGAGGAAAACAAAGCUCUUUAUGAGGAAGGAGUCCGUCUUUUGAACCAGAAGGAUCUGUACGUCAGGAAAUAUAAUGAAAUGCAGCUCCGCCACAAAGACAAGAUCCGCAGAGCCAAAGAGACGUUCAUCCAUGAGGUGAAACAAAGGGACAGCAGGAUUAAGCAGCUUGAAAGUGAGCUCAGUGAGUCAAAACUCCAAGUGGAAAAGGGGAAGGUGCUGAUUGCACAGAUCACUACUGAGAAUGAGAAAUUACUCCAGGAAAGAAGACGGCUCCUCCAGAAGAUAACUGACCAAGAGGAGACCCCUUGGAGCACCAGGUCUACGAUUGCUGCCCUGCAGAGCAGAGUGAAGAUCCUGGAUGAGGAGAACGUGCGGCUGCAUGAGAGCAAACUGCAGCUCUCCGGCCACAUGCCCACCUUGCAGCGCGCUGUGAGGAGCAUCCGCGCUCCCAACAUGGAGGACUUGAAGGGUGUUAACUUCUCUGAACGGCAGCUACAGAGUAAGGUGUUGCCAUCUCCCUGUACCAGCUUCCCAUCACGAGAACUGCCAGACUCUCUCGGCACCCUAAAGCCCGUGCAGGACACAAAGCCCGAAGGAGGAGCCGAAAGCCAAGACUCGUCCUUUUGCUUAUCGCCCUCUCAGCCUUCUGAGAUUGGGUACUUAAACGUAGCCUCGCCUGGAGACACCACAGCCUCCCAGCUGCAGGAGGAGAGUCAGAGCAUCAGCUCCGAGAACUUCUAAACAGGGAGAGAUGUUUGUAAAAUACACCCUCGCUGGACUGCAAGGAUGUGGGCUCCUAUUGCCAUCAGAUGACAAGGACUGCAGGAGGGAGAAUUGCCAAAUGAGUUACUUGGUGACUUUUGUGAUAUCUUUCAACUAAAUUAUUCAACAGCUUUUUUUUUUUUUUUUAAAACUCACCUAACCCUAACUGUGUGUGCGUCAUCCUAGAUCCACCUGGAGGCUGGAAUUUGCAGACAAACUCAGUAAAAAGGAAGAGAUGGAAGAGAUGUGGGAUGAGACACAUGUCCCCCCGAACCCUAAUUCCCUAUCCAGUCCAAAACUAU